AUGCAAGUCCUAAUCAUAGGCGCAGGCUGCACCGGCCUGCUCCUCGCCCAAGGCCUCAAGCGCGCCGGGAUAAACGCCACAGUCUACGAGCGGGAAACACCAGAAUACUGUACUGGCCGGCCUCGAGAAUGGGGGAUGAGUUUACAUUGGGGGAUCGAGGCGAUUGAGAAGGUACUGCCCGAGGAGUUACGGGCGAGGAUAAGGGAAGCGUGGUGUGAUCCGUGCUGGGAAGGGGAGUUGGUUUUGAAGCAUUAUCAUGGUCACACGGGGGAUUUGGCGUUUGAGACGCAGUUGGGGGAUGGGACGAGGGUUAGUAGAAGGAAGAUGAGGGAGUUGUUCAAGGAGGGGUUGGAUGUGAGGUAUGGAAAGAAGCUCGCCACCAUCAAACAGGACGAAUCCUCCGUUACUGCGAUCUUCGAGGACGGCACUGAGGCGACUGGCGCGUUGCUUAUUGGUUGCGACGGCGCUCGGUCUGUUGUUCGAGAGCUCCUUUUGGGCCAUGAAAGGGCUCAGAACACAUUCCUCGACGUGUCCCUCUUCAAUUUCCCAUGCAGUUUCGACGCCGAAAUUGCCAAACGAAUUCGCGCACAACAUCCCAUCUUCUUCAAUAGCUAUCAACCAGAGGGCUGGAUGUUCUGGCUCUCGGCCCAGGACGUUGCUGACGUAGACAAGCCGGAGACGUGGCUGUUUCAACUCAUGUUCUCGUGGGUCGGACCGCCAAGGCAAGAAGAGCUCGCCACCAAGGAGGCGAGGACUGCUUUCCUCAAGUCGAAGGCGUCUCUCUAUGUUGACCCUUGGCGGACAGUGCUCCAGGCGAUACCAGAUGACGUGAGCUUUGGUCUUGACCGAAUCGCCGAGUGGAAGCCUUUCGACUGGUCGUCGGAGCCAUUGGCAAGUCGAGUGACACUGGCUGGCGAUGCCGCUCAUGCAAUGGCACCAUACCGAGGCCAGGGGCUGAACAAUGGCCUAGAAGAUGCCGCCUGCUUGAAAGAGCUUCUCGCAAACAUGCAAGAUGCAACCCAAGCACUGGGUCCGAGCCUGCACCAGUACGAAGCCGAGAUGCGGCAAAGGUCUCUGAAGGAGAUUGAGAUCUCAAGGGCUUCUGCAUACAUUUCGCACGACUUCGAGCAGCUGAUGAAUGGUCCCCUCGCGAAGCACGGCGUCCGCAAAAAUGUCGACAUUGACGAGAAGCCGAAAGAUAAUCAUCUGUAG